AUGUUGAAAUAUACCACUGUUUGGAGAGGACUCCAUGGAGUGAAACACAAGUUCGGAACGAUUCUCAAAUCUCGAGGAGUCGUCUUGUCAUCUUUUGGAUUCACCAAUUAUCAUCAUCAUCAUGAUAACAUGAUCAUUCCUCAUGGAGGUUCUCUCUCGUUAUUCACCUCAACCUCACUUACCACAUCAUUCCGACUCUUCUCUCAAUCAUCCUUGUCUCGAACAACAUUAUUGGACAGUCAAAAGGUAGCUCCGGAAGCACCUCAAGUACAUUCAUCAUCGAAUAACCAAAAACAGUCAUCCAAUUCGAAUGGCGAGCAAGAAAACAACAAAACAACCCACAAGGGGUUUUCCUUUCUUAAAUUCCUCAAAAAGCUCAUCAAAUACAUGACCAUUUCAGUUGCCUCUGUUAUGGGUUUGCUUGCGGUGUGUUUACCUCCUGCUUUGAUGGUGGAUUUCAAAGAGGAGUUUGAAAAUGAUGGUUAUAGAGCUGUGCUUGUGGCUCUUUUGGAUGCAUAUAAGGAUACGUGGAACAUUAUCGCAAGAUUUACUCGAUCAUGCUACUCGAUCGGAAAGGUUAUGACUAUCUAUCGAAAUCUCAAUAAGGAUUUUGAGCCAAAAUUUGAAAGUAUUUCCAGAAACAAGAGAAGUGACCAUGAAAUUUCUUCGGAAGAGGAACUGCAAGUGUUGCGAGAUUAUGUGACAACACGAAGACAAGCCAAUGCUAAAGCAGCAGAAAUUUUACUUGAUCUAUGUUUGCACAAUGGUGGUGCAUAUGUGAAGGCAGGUCAAUAUAUUGCAUCGCUCAAUUAUAUUAUGCCUAAGGAAAUUACAGAUAUUCUUUCGGUGCUGCAAGACAAGUGUCAACAACAUGAUUUUUCAGUCACUGAGAAAAUAUUAUUGGAGGACUUGGAUCGAGACUAUCGAGAAAUAUUCUCCUCCUUCGAUACUACGCCAAUAGCAAGCGCCAGCAUUGCACAGGUACAUAAAGCCACUUUGAGAGACGGAAAUCAAACCGUGGCUGUCAAAAUUCAACAUCCAGACUUGAUUCGUAUUUUUAAGGCUGAUUUGAAAACGAUGCAAUUUUUACUCUUUUCAACGAAAUUAUUUUUCGAUUUUCCCUUUGCAUGGACUUUGCCAGAGUUUGAGAGAAUUUUAUUGAGCGAAUUAGACUUUGUGAAUGAAGCUGCUAAUUGUUCACAUUUUUCUCAAAUGUUCAAAGAUUACCCUGAUAAUCAAAUUGAUGCGCCACGAGUUCAUUGGAAUUUAACAAGCAAACGAAUACUAACUAUGGAUUUUAUUGAGGGGUGCAAAAUCAAUGACUUGCAAGCAUUGAAAAGCAUGAACAUUGAUCCUAAAGAGGUAGCCAAAUUGUUGGUAGAUAGUUAUUCCAUUCAGACUUUUAUUCAUGGAUUUGUUCAUAGUGAUAUACAUGUUGGAAAUUUACUAGUGCGGCGCUCAGAAAAGAAUAACAAACCUCAACUCAUAUAUUUAGAUCAUGGAUGCUACAAAAAACUCGAUGAAGAAACUAGAAAAGAUUAUUGUCAAUUGUGGAAGGCUGCAAUUUUUAGAGAUCAUGAGAAUUUGAAAUUAUAUACCGAAAAAUUUGGAAUUGACGGAAGAUUUUAUCCCCUCUUUGGGUUGUUCUUGACCUUUUCAAAUUAUAUGGAUAAAAGUUCAAGUUCCAUGGUGGACCAACGAAAGAACAUGACCAGUGAAGAAGCAAAGAAAAUGUUUAAACAAAUUAGAGAGACCUUUUUCCCUAAAAGCACUCAUAAGGCACAAGAUUUAUUCAACAUUAUCGAAGAAAUGUUCCGCAAUAUGAAAUUGGAUCUUAUUUUACUCAUGAGAGCCAAUGUUCAAUUAAGAUCCAUCACAAGAGAGUUGGGUCGACCAAUCAAUCGAUUCGCCAUCAUGGCAGAAUAUUGUCUGAAAGGAAUUCAUUAUGAAAGAAAAAAUUAUGAAAUGCCUUGCAUUCCACAUCGAGAAUCAGAUCAGAGACGAGUCGCUGUCACUCAUGUUCAACCAACACCCUUCUUUCAUCAACUCACGUUUGAUUUAUUCAAAUUUAAGCUCCGUUUACUUGUGUUAGAUUUGGCAUUUGUAUUUUUCAACUUGUCGAUGCGAAUAUUGAGAUAUUUCAAUCCUUCCAAAUAUGAGGAAGCAGAAGAUGACAGGGAAACUUCACGAGUGAAAAGAAGAUUGGAUCGAAUGAAACAACAAAAGAAAGCUAUGGAAGAAGAUGUAGCCUCUUCGAAAGAGGACAUUGAAGAUUUAUCGGCUCAACAGUAA